AUGUCUACAAUUUCUAUGGAUGGAAGCGAAUGGUCCGGCAUCAAUCAGUACCAGUCCAGCGGCAAGUCGGAGCCUUCGCUGUCGCCGAACCCCCUGAGCCCCGGCGGCCUACCCACCCCGCCAGCGUCCGGCAGUUUGAUAUACAAUGCACUCGGGUCGAAUCCGCCCGAUAUGAACGGCCUCGCACCGCCGCAGCGCCGUAAUGGCCCAUCGCAGAACCCUUCGCCCCCCAGCUCCGUCGUGUCGGCCACCAGAUCGAGAGGGAGCGUCGGGACGCUGGCGGACCAUAAUAGCCAGAAAUACAAGCAGAUGGAGGAGCGGUUGUCACAGCACUAUGCAUUCUUAAAGAAUUUUCUUCAGAGAGGCAACGAAUACGAUUUGAACGAUGCCAGAGCGGCUAGGGCACGAGAGAAGUUAAAACGCCUGUCGCCGAUCCAGUUCUACGACUUGAGUACGGACGUUUAUGACGAACUACAACGGCGCCAGGCCGCUGCGGCUGCAAACCGCCCCGGCCCACCGCGUCCAGAGGUGCCACCGUAUUUACUUCCCGACCCAGAGAUCCACGCGAAGCGCAAUCAAGCGCGUCGAAGAUUAGCUACAUUAGGACCCCAAAGGUUUGGCGAGCUGGUGAUGGACGUAUUCUGCGAUCACGAGCGGAGGUUCCCACAUCUGGCGGCAGGGGAUAUGAGUCGCCAUGGGAGUCCAGCUCCAAGCCUGCGGAGCCGCUAUGGCCCAAGCCCCGUUCCUGGACCUAAUGGGAUGUCUCGGCCGCGGUCUUCAUCGCGAGGUCGUCCACCGGGCCCGGGGGGAAGAGGCUACCCGCCAGGCCCACCCGGCGGCCGGUUCCCUCCCAGGCAAGGAUCGUUGAGCCAAAACCCACCAACGGGCCUAGGAAUAAAUGGAGAGACAAUCCCGGAGAAUGCGCCGUAUCAGAAAUCGUUUCAGAGCAAUACGAUUGUGCCGAAUAAGAGCACGCUUGUUGAAGAUGACGAGAGUGCCACUUUUGAUGACGAUGACGGCGAGGAUAAUAGACGGAGCGACGCGUUUACUUUGGACAAGGUCUUGGAUAGUCGACGGGGUACCACGGCUACAAUUGGCGGAGGCUUUUCAGAAAAGGACAAUAAGAAGCUUGUAGAAGCUGAAGCUCAGGUAACGAAUUUACAAUCGAAAGUGGAGGAACUUGAAUCGUUAUUAGAAAAUAAGGAGAAGGAAAUUGAAGGUUUGCAAGAAAAUGCUGAAAAUAAAUUAAAAUCCGAAAAGAGACAAUGGGAAGAUCUCGAGAACGAGCUUACGAAUAAAUUGUCCGACGCCCAAAACUUGAACGAGUCGCUUCGAAACGAGCUUGAUAAUGCGCGACGAGAGCAACAAACAAUGGAAAGGGAGAUGCAAGAGCAUUUGGAACAACUGCGGUUGGAGCAACAACAGCUAGAGCAGCAACAGUCCCAGCGAGAAAAUGAAGUUUCGUCCGCUGCAGUCGUUGAUACUGAAGCUACGGAAUGGAAAACGCGGUUCCAAGAGCUCGAUAGGGAACACCAAGCUCUCAAAGCCGAAUUCCAACAGCAGCAAGAAAUUACGGAACAAGUGAGGCAACAAGCGUUAAAUUCGUUGGACGAAAUGAGAGCUCUGGCAAGCGGGUCGAACUGGGAGCAGGAAGAAAACCUAACAAAGGAUAUACACCGUCUAGAGGCGGAAGUCAAACAUUGGAAAAACCGGUAUGCAAAGCUCAAGACGAAACAGCGUCACCUACGAUCAUCCUCGCUUGGACUACCGGGCCAUAUUCAAGAUGCCGUGGUUUUCGCAAGAGAGCACGACUUGACACAACCCGACGGCCUGGUUAAGGAUGUGCAUAUUACGAAAUUCCAAAUGGCGAUUGACGAGCUGCUGCGCAUUGCACGGUCAGACGAUCCGACUUUGGUUCUGGACCAGAUGAAAGCCGUCGUUGUUGCAGUAAGGCUUAUUAGCCACGAUAUUGAAACUGCGCAAGGGAAAGGAGAUGACUAUGGGCAGCCUCGUAACCGUGCUAAAUCCAGGAUGUCAGCCACCGCGAAUAAUCUAAUAACCGCAGCGAAGAAUUUCACCAACUCGAACGGGCUGUCUCCUGUAUCGCUCCUUGACGCGGCGGCGUCUCAUCUAACAGCCGCCGUGGUCGAUCUGAUCCGCAAUGUCAAAAUCCGGCCCACUUCUGAGGACGAGCUGGCGGAGGAUGACGAAUUGGAUGAUCUGGCUCCCAUGCAAUCACCAGGUUAUUUCAGUACGGCGCCGAGUCAGAGUAGGCUGAGCGGGAACGAGUCCGUUUACAGCGCGAUCAGUUCUCCUUCCUCACGCGCUCGGAGCCAGACCUUUUCUCGCAUUGCGGGCAUACGAAAUGCGCACACAAGCGCCCAGAGUUUAGGCUCAGGGCUGAAACCCGGUUUCGGGACCGUACGAGGACCGGAUCGGGAGCUGGAGGGACUGCGGAUAUAUCUCGAAGACCAGACUGAAGGCCUAGUGCAGUCCAUCCAGUCCCUAGUGGCGAGCAUUCGCGCCCAAGAUGAUAUUUCAGUGGUCCAAACUCAUAUCACGUCCAUUUCCAACGUGGUGAAAAACGUGAUCUCGUGCACCGAGGAUACACUCGCCCAACCCAACGCCAACCCAGCUCUGCGGGAGCGUGCAGGGCCGGUGGUCGAAAUGCUCUCAGGUUGCUGUGAGAAGCUGAUAGAAGCGGGCCAAGAAGGUGGCGGCGUCAGCGAUCCGGGGCAGAUCCGUGAGAUCACAAGCAAGCUACCCCCAAUUGCAUUCCAGAUUGCGCGCGAGAUCAAAGAGCUCGUGCAGCGAGUGGAUCAGCUGGAGAUGGACAGCCAGGAGGAUGACGAUUUUCGAUGA